AACUGCAUGCAACUGUGACUCCCCAAUAGACACCAGUUCUCAUUCAGGAUUCCAGAGAAGAUCAGUUUGCUUAUUGUAAAUUUUAUGUAUUAUCAAUUAAUCAAUAUGUAACGUUUUUUUUGUAAACAUUUUUAUUCACCAAUUUCAAACCCCAAUCACGGGAGAAAUCCCAAGCUGAGCUAAAAACAUCCAAUAUAUUCUUCUGUCGGCGCUUUUGAACAUCGACUGGAGUGAGCUAAAAAUAAAUUUCCCAGUUCGGAAAAAUCAGAAAAAGAAUCUCAGGCUUCCCGCGCAUGUGGGGAAAUCUGGUGGGGUGUAGAUUCUCGGCAGCAAUCACCACUUCAAGAUAAAUAUUUGAUUUCCGAAUAAGUUCGCAAACAAAUUUAGCCGAGGUUGCCCAAAGAUGAAAUGACCGAUUGAUUGGGAGCAAGCGGGCCCGGGAGAUUCGAACCCGCGACGGAAGGUAUACUUGCGUGCAUUUUCAGAGCUCUGAUAAAAAGAUGAAAAGCAACUGCAUGAGGAGGGAAGUGCCAUGCUCGUUCCAUACUGAUUCUGUGGAUUAAUUUCAGCUGGAAAUUGGGUGUUUGGGAUUGUGACGGUUUGAGUUGGGAGAAAUGAUAAACGGUGAGGAAGGUUGUGGAGCCUUUGCCGUUCCUUCGCCCAGGGUUCGAAGCUCGGCCGCCUCCGUAUCCUGCGAUUCGAAGGCAGCUGGGACCGUGUUUUCUGAAAUGAGCGAAUCGGAGUGCGAUUUGAAUUCCCCGGAACAGUGGAGGCGGCGGAAGGUGAAAUUUCUGUGCAGCUUCGGCGGCAAUAUUCUGCCUAGGCCGUAUGACGGUAAGCUCCGAUACGUUGGGGGAGAAACCCGUAUUGUGCGUGUGAGUAGGGAUAUUUCAUUUUCAGAGCUUGUUGUUAAGAUGUCAGAAUUUUAUGAUCAGCCUUUUACGAUUAAGUAUCAGCUGCCUGAAGAGGAGGAUUUGGAUGCUUUGGUUUCUGUUUUGAGCGAUGACGAUCUCGCAAAUAUGAUGGAGGAGUAUGAUAAGUUAGAGGCUGCAGAUGGUUUUACCAGGCUCAGGGUGUUUCUGUUUUCGGCCUCUGAGCAAUUUGAUGUUGCUUCUGUUUGCGUCGAAGCUGAUGUCGACCAGAGGUUUGUGGAUGCUUUGAAUGGAUUGCCUGAGUCUGUUAGUAGCUCUGACAUUUGGAAUCAACACACUGAAUUUCUUAGAAGAAACGAAUCUUUUAGCUCCUUCAAUUGUGUUGGUCAUGAAAAUGGAUUGAACCCUAGGAGGAUCAUGCAGAAUUCCCAGCAAGAUACGAUUCUUGUUGCUUCUCCACCUCUUUCUCCUUUGAGGCAGCCAUUGUCUCCAUUUGAAGAGUCUAGCGAUCAUUACCGCCAAGAGCACCAACAACUCUGGACGUUGGGAAGGCAGCCAUCAUCUCCGUUUGAAGAGUCCAGUGAUUAUUACCGCCAGGAGCACCAGCAAUCCUGGACAUUGGGAAACUAUCCUCGUACGCAAGAUUCUGCGCCGUCUAUGGCAACAGCAGGGUGUCCUUUCCAAGAAGCAGCUAUGCCGUCAGAGGCACUAUUAGGUUAUCAUAAGUACAAGCAUUCUAUGAAAGUCUUUCCUUCAAAUGAGCUUUAUUACACAGGCUCGCCAGAAUUUGAGAGUCCUAGAGAUAUCAAUAGAAUGGAAGUUGCCAAUCAUUGGCCUGAAGAUAAUCACAAGCAUCCUAUUCCGGUUGCUGAUAUUGUGCCCCAUCAAGUUAAUGUUCAUCAGCAUCACUUCCAUCAGCAGCCGCCCCCUCAGCACCAGCAACAGAACGUGCAUCCUGUACAUCAGCCUACUGUUGGCUACUGUCCGCCAGAAUUCUUUCAAAAUUCCGAAGUGUCUUCACCGCAAAGAAAAAUUGUAAUGCAGCCUGUGAAAUACUGUAGACUGUUUGAACAUUUAGAACAAAAUGAAGCACAAUAUCUGGCUCCAGAAGUUUAUGAAGGUGAGAUCUCUUGGCAUGGGCCUCAUCAACCUUUGUCUCAUCCAGUGACUCCUGAUUUUGCAAACACAAAAGUUCCGCAAGUAAAACUUGGUUCACAAAAUGUGGCAGUUGGUUGUAGAAUUGGUGAAGGUUUGGGACGGAAUGUAUUGCAUCAUGUACCAAGUGCUAGUGAACUUGAUAGGCAUUCAGAAAGUCAAAAGCAUGCACAGGCUGUUUGGCAGCAUGAAGGCAGACUUGAUUAUGGUAGUGCCCAGUCAAGUCCACAUUUUGAACCUGCAAGUUCUAUUGCAAACCAUACCAUCCAUUUACCCUGUGGCAGGAAUGUCAACCAGCAGCACUGCCAGCUAUCAGGCACUGGUGAAAAUGUAGGAUUAAUUGGACAAAAUAUAAGCCAAAUACAUGGAAGGUUUGAGAGGAGCUCUACAUUUGAAAAUCCAUAUGAAAGACGAUUUGCAUGUGACAUGAGGAGUUCAAUCAUGCACGCUGAACAUCCAUCUUAUUAUCAGGACCAAUGUGGAUCAAGCAAACUAGAAUGUCAAGUACAUAAUCCUCAAUCUGUAACAAAAGAAGGGUUGCUGAUGCGAAAUGCAAGUACACAAGUGGAUCAGCUGCCACCCUCUAUAGAUAAGGUUCAAACUGAUAUCGGCUAUCGAGACAGAGUAGAGAAAGCAAGGGCCUGGGUUCUGGAUUCCACGAAUUAUCAGAGAGAUACAAUACAUACAAUACACAGGCCUUAUGCAGUAGAACCAUCUGGGGUUUUAACCACAGAGGAAGGCAUAUUUAGAGAUGCCAGUCAAAAUUCUUAUGCAGAGCAUGACUCUAGAUGGUUGAAUCCAGAAGUAGUGUACCAUGACCCUUCAUCAGCUGAUUUAUACAAGCAUGCUACUUGUGAUCAAUACGAGCUUUCUACACACGUGCCAUGUAAUCUACAACAUAAGAUGAUUAAUAAUCAAUUAGACAGUGACCUGGUGGUUCAUUUGGGUUCCACAGGUGGACAGAGUCAAUGGUGUUAUAGUUCAGGAGAUGAGAGAAGCCAGGAGUUUGCUUGUGCUCAAAGGAAUGCUGAGAACAUGGAAAUGGUGCAGCAGUCUUAUGGAUCUUCGGAUAAAAGUGCAGUUGAUGUUCAUAAUUUUGCAGGGGUCCACAUAAUAGAUGACCUUUUGCACAAAGAGAUAGCAAACAUAUCACAAUAUGAAGAAGACCCACCAAAAGAAUUUAAUCAAUAUUCAGGCCCUGAGAUCACCAAGGAGAUUCAAGGGGAUCAUCCUGUAACUGUUUCAUCUCAUUAUCAGAUGCAAAGGCAGCUUGGAGGGCUCAUUGAAGAGGUUUCAGUUGCAUUUGUUAACUCAAAAAGCAGUGUCACAAUAGCUAAUACUGCUUGUUCUCACAUUAUAACCUCAUCAAAGGUGCUUCUUUCCAAUAGUCUUACGCUUCAAUUGCCCAAUGAGAUCUUAUCAUCUGCAUUACCUUCCUCUGGUCCUCCAAUAUAUGACCAGAGUCCAGUUAAUAGCACUAACAUUGCAGGACCAAAGGAUUUAUUGUCUGAGACUGAAAGAGAAGGGCAGUUCAAUGAGUUAGAGAAUCCUGAGUUGAAGACUAUUGGAAGAGGACAUUUAUCAGAAGAGAUUGUUUCAAAUAUGGAGGUUGCAAGAAAUGAAAAUUUGGAGAAGGAUGCACCUGAGAUUUCUUUGAAGGAUAGGCCAGAAAAAGUUGCUUCUGGAAAAUCCGAGAAUUUGAAGUCAGCAGAGCAAAGUCCUAUUUUAGCAGCCUCCACCACAACUUCAACAGCAAAGGUAGUAGGGACAGAACCCCUUGUGGCCAGCACAAGAGAAGAGGAUAGUGAGGAGGCAGAUCAAAAAGCUUUUCCCACUGCCUCCAGUAUAAAAGAUGAUCCUCCAGAGGAGAAACUUCCCAAGGAGAAUGCUUUGAGAUUAGAAAACUUCAGCAAUGGCUCUGUGAACAAGGCAAAUGACAAUGUGUCAGGCCCUGAGGCAGAUGAUCUUGCCCAAGGUUUGCAGACAAUUAGGAAUGAUGAUCUGGAAGAAAUACGAGAGUUAGGGUCGGGUACAUAUGGGACUGUCUAUUAUGGAAAAUGGAAAGGCUCUGAUGUUGCUAUUAAGCGGAUCAAAGCCAGUUGUUUUGCAGACAGGGCAUCGGAGUUGAUUGCAGACUUUUGGAAAGAGGCACGUAUACUGGGGCAACUACACCAUCCCAAUGUUGUUGCAUUCUAUGGUAUUGUUCGAGAUGGACCUGAUGGGACCUUAGCAACUGUCACAGAGUACAUGGUCAAUGGAUCUCUCAAACAAGUUCUACACAAGAAGGAUAGAACAAUUGAUCGGCGCAAAAGAUUGAUUAUAGCUCGUGAUGCUGCAUUUGGGAUGGAAUAUUUGCAUGAAAAAAAAAUUGUCCACUUUGAUCUGAAGUGUGAUAAUCUUCUGGUGAAUAUGAAAGAUCCUCAUCGACCUAUUUGCAAGAUUGGUGAUUUGGGCCUAUCCAAAAUAAAACAUCAAACUUUGGUCUCUGGUGGUGUUCGGGGGACUUUGCCAUGGAUGGCACCAGAGCUUCUAAGUGAAGAAAAGGGCAUGGUAACUGAGAAAGUUGAUGUUUAUUCAUUUGGAAUAGUGAUGUGGGAACUCCUUACGGGAGAAGAGCCUUAUGCUAACAUGCAUUUUGGUGAAAUAAUAGGGGGGAUCAUGAAUAAUACAUUGCGUCCAACAAUUCCAGAUUGGUGCCGUGAACCUGCUUGGAGGUCUUUGAUGGAAAGAUGUUGGUCGUUUGAUCCAGGACAGAGACCUUCCUUUUCAGAGAUUGCUACAGAGCUACGGGCAAUGGGCGAAUCAAUGAAUAUCAAAUAAUGGGAUAAUAUGGUAAUUGAAAAAUGAAUAUGUGACAAUGACGACAACGUGAUAAUGAAAAUAAACACGAAGCUUCAAAGUCAUAGUCUAAUUUGACAUGUCUGACUGCGCAGCUUAUCCCGUCCAGAAUGAGGCGGUAGCUUUUUCUUGUUUCAAGCAAUGGAGCAAAUUAAAGUAUAUGUAGGAGGGAACCCUUUAUGGAUGGAUUGAAAGGAAAGCUUCUCUUCUGAGUCUUUUUGCAUAUACCAAUACUGAUUAGGAUCAGAUAAAACAAUUUGGAAGUCAUACUGCAUAUUCAUGCCUAGAUAAUAUCAGAGUUACAAAAAUUGAUUUAUUAUAAAUAUAUCACCUGGUUUUGUUUCGUUUCAGUUAGGUGAGGUCUGCUCGCGUUUCAGUGCAAGAUAGUAUCUUGUCCUUGUGUACUUUUACGAGUGAAAUUUACUUUGCCACCUAUCAGGGAGAAGUAUAGUUGAAAACCCUACGUCAAGAGCAUUUGUGGUUGCUGGUAUUGUUUGAGGUGAGAAAAGAUUUAUGCAAUCUUGAUUUUGUGGAUGGUUGCAGGGUGCGAUGAAACAUAAAGAACAUUUACCUCUAUAUGAAUAACAAUGAAGUGAAAUCUUCACAUAUA